CGAGUAGAUACCCUUCGUUUCAAAUGUCAGUCUCACGUCUCGUGUAGACUUAUUAACAGCGUCUGGAAUAUCAAGUUCCGGACUUUUCGUUCAGCGUUUUCGGUGGUGUUCUGUCUGUGCUGGAAGAAGUCUUGAGAGGUACGACCAGAGGUUCGGGACAAGGACUAUGGCCAAUCGUUCCAGCCAGCAAGACCGCGAGUUCAACAAUGAUGGCGAACACAUGAGUCGCGACUUUAAUCGUAAUGGCAACAAUCGGGACAACAAUCGGGACAACAAUAGGGACAACAAUCGGGACAAUAGGGACAACAAUCGUGGCAACUUCCGGGACUUUCGUAACCGCGACCGCAAUCGAGACCAACAGCGCCAGGUGCCCACAGAGCCGCCUUUUAAUGCCUAUGUGGGCAACCUACCCAAGGGCCUUGUCCAGGGCGAUGUGAUGAAGAUCUUCUCCGACUUUGAGGUGAAGAAUGUCCGCCUCAUCAAGGAUCGCGAAACGGACGAGUUCAAGGGCUAUGGCUAUGUGGAGUUUGAGACUCUGCAACAGCUGAAGAGGGCCCUCUCCUGCAAUGGUCGCAUCAAGUUGGAUAACUUUUCAGCUCCACUUCGUAUCGAUAUAGCGGAUCAUCGUCGAGCGCUGCCGGGCACCGGAUCUGGUGGAGGUGGAGCUGGUGGAUCUCAAAACAUGGGUGGCAGAGGCGGAGGAGGAGGAACCUACCAACAGCGUCGCAAUUAUCGGCGGGAUGACAGCGUUGGAUCUCAGCAAUUUCGAAGGCGCAGCAACAGCAACCAUCAACUGUCUCGCAGUAGUCCCACUCAGAGCUCCAUGUCCUUUGGCAGUACCCGUGAGGUGCGUGGCAGCUACAAUAAUCGUGGAGGAGGCGGUGGCAAUCGUUACCAGGGAGGCAAUCCACGCCAGCGCAAUGACAACUCCAAUUUCGAUGAGCAGCAGUCGAGCAGCGGGUUUCAGCGCAGCCGCAACUUUAAUUUUAAUCGCACCUUUCACAACAACAAUCCCGAUGGCGGUGGCGGUCAGCGGCAACGCAACUACAAUAACGGUGGAAAUGCGGAAAAUGGAAAUGGAAACUACAACAACUUUGUGCAGAAUCGAAACCGCGAUCGCCGCGGUCAUUACAAUCCGAAUAAUGCCGGCAGUUCUGGCUUUCGAAACAACGGAAAUGUUCAAGGCGAUUUUGGUCGAGAUCGAAGACAAGAAGCUGGACCCCCAACAGGACCAGCUUCAAGUAAUCCUUUCAGCCCUUUGGAUGAAGAUGAUCGUCCGAAAUUGGUGCUCAAGCCCCGAACAGUGACUGCUCCCAUCAAUGCUCUGGCCGAGACCAAGCAGGCGGCCCUGAUCUUUGGCAAGGCCAAACCCAGGGAGGACAAUGCCAGCCCCCUUUCUUCGCCGCGUGAAAACGAGAAUAUCGCAGGAUGCUCUGGUGGUGUAGCUGGUCCUUCCUUUAGGGGAACCGGUGCCGGUGCCAAGGAUAGCAGCGACUAAAUCCCCAUUUGAGGAGAGAAUCACGGACAGCUAAUAUUUUCAUGAAUUUUGAUUAAUUUUCAUUUUUUCCGUGGAUUUUUUCAGAAUUUAUACAAAUUACGAAUUUGUAGGUACCGGAAUCAUGUCCAAAUCUGUAUUUGUGCUAGGUCAGAUACACUUCAUAUUGAUUCUAGCUUACGAAAAUUCUAAAUUUUGUAUCUUGAGUUAGAAACCAUUAAGUCCCAUUUCCGAUUCCAUAUGUGCAUCAUAUUUCCUUGUAAAUCGGUAAUAAUUAUAAUAAAAAAUAUCAUUAGAUUAUA